UAUUCUUUCAGGAAAAUGUGUCAGAUUUGCAGUUAGCCAUGGUAAAACAGACUCUGUUGGCCGUUGUACUUGACAAAAUCAGUUCCAAAUUCUCAUCUUAUGAAACACAAGAUUGGAAGAUAUUGCUCCAGGAUGAUUUGAAUCUUUUGCUUCCCAGCUUUAAUAAAACUCUUCUGCUGCUUCUGCCAAACAGCCUCUCCUGCUCUUCCUACCAGGAAAUAGUAAAGGCCUUUAGCAACGUUUAUAAAUCUCUACUGGAAGAGACCAAAAAUGAUUUCUACAAAGAUUUUAUCAAGCCAUACAUGGUGCAGCAGUCUUCUCUUACAGGAGUAGCUUGUGACACCUUGGAUUUCAAAAGUUGGGUUAACAUGAACAUUGGCAACUUCAUCCAGCAAUCUCCAUCAGAAGACAUUGUUAUGUUCAACAAAAAUCUAACAAAGGUGGAAAACCCAGCUGAACUCACAGUUACAGAACUGGCCACAUUUACUUUCACUGUGGAUUCGCUGAACAACCAAACCUUAGCCACAAUCCUAUUAAGUAGAAUCAAAGAAUUUAAGAGCUAUGGAGAAAUCCUGGGCUAUUUAACAACAAUACAAAAUUCUAUUUGCCAGUCGAAUGACCCAGCAUCCACCAUGUCAUCAUGUAGCCAACCACAAAGUCAACUGAGCAUCCACACUCAACAAGAGAUUCUUACAAACUGUUUCAUAGUCCUCAAUGAGGAAUGGAUUUCCACCAACAUGACAAUGUGGUUACAAAUUUUUGACAUCCUUGUUGAAGUUUUCCUUCCUGCUUUUGAUGAAACUACUCUCUCUCAGUUACCACUUGAUAUUUCAUGUGGAGAAUACCAAGCAAUAAUAAAGACUCUGAGUGAUGUACACAGCCAAAUUUCUGAAGGCCUGACCAAAUCAGUCAACUCUUACAGCAUAUCCUACCUGACCGCACAGCAAAAAUCCACAGGUUCUGCCUGCCUUUCCGGCAUAAAAGAUAGUACAGAGUGGAUUUCAAAGAAUUUUGGGGCAUUUUCCUCAAGCGCAAACGUGUCUGAUUUCAAAGCUUUAUAUCCAGGGUUUGAUGCAGGUGUCCUUCCUGUUGUCCUGACACCAAAUAACAUGGCCGAACUUUUGAUCAAAGCAGACGUUCUCUCUAAUGAAACUCUGAUGAUAUCCAUCUUGAGCCACAUAGACACAGAAAAUGUAACCGACUAUGUGACCAGCAUUUCAACAGCAGCACAAAAGGAAAAUGUGUCUGAUUUGCAGUUAGCCAUGGUAAAACAGACUCUGUUGGCCGUUGUACUUGACAAAAUCAGUUCCAAAUUCUCAUCUUAUGAAACACAAGAUUGGAAGAUAUUGCUCCAGGAUGAUUUGAAUCUUUUGCUUCCCAGCUUCAAUAAAACUCUUCUGCUGCUUCUGCCCACCAGCCUUUCCUGCUCUUCCUACCAGGAAAUAGUAAAGGCCUUUAGCAAUGUUUAUACAUCUCUACUGGAAGAGACCAAAAAUGAUUUCUACAAAGAUUUUAUCAAGCCAUACAUGGUCCAGCAGUCCUCUCUUACAGGAAUAGCUUGUGACACCUUGGACUUCAAAAGUUGGGUUAACAUGAACAUUGGCAACUUCAUCCAGCAAUCUCCAUCAGAAGACAUUGUUAUGUUCAACAAAAAUCUAACAAAGGUGGAAAACCCAGCUGAACUCACAGUUACAGAACUGGCCACAUUUACUUUCACUGUGGAUUCGCUGAACAACCAUACCUUAGCCACAAUCCUAUUAAGUAGAAUCAAAGAAUUUAAGAGCUAUGAUGAAAUCUUGGGCUAUUUAACAACAAUACAAAAUUCUGUUUGCCAGUUAAAUGACCCAGCAUCCACCAUGUCAUCAUGUAGCCAACCACUAAGUCAACUGAGCAUCCACACUCAACAAGAGAUUCUUACAAACUGUUUCAUAGUCCUCAAUGAGGAAUGGAUUUCCACCAACAUGACAAUGUGGUUACAAAUUUUUGACAUCCUUGUUGAACUUUUCCUUCCUGCUUUUGAUGAAACUACUCUCUCUCAGUUACCACUUGAUAUUUCAUGUCAAGAAUACCAAGCAAUAAUAAAGACGCUGAGUGAGGUACACAGUCAAAUUUCUGAAGGCCUGACAAAAUCGGUAUACGCUUACAGCAUAUCCUACCUUACCGCACAGCAAAAAUCCACAGGUUCUGCCUGCCUUUCUGGCAUAAAGGAUAGUACAGAGUGGAUUUCAAAGAAUUUUGGGGCAUUUUCCUCCAGCGCAAACGUGUCUGAUUUCAGAGCUUUAUAUCCAGGGUUUGAUGCAGGUGUCCUUCCUGUUGUCCUGACACCAAAUAACAUGGCCGAACUUUUGAUCAAAGCAGACGUUCUCUCUAAUGAAACUCUGAUGAUAUCCAUCUUGAGCCGCAUAGACACAGAAAAUGUAACCGACUAUGUGACCAGCAUUUCAACAGCAGCACAAAAGGAAAAUGUGUCAGAUUUGCAGUUAGCCAUGGUAAAACAGACUCUGUUGGCCGUUGUACUUGACAAAAUCAAUUCCAAAUUCUCAUCUUAUGAAACACAAGAUUGGAAGAUAUUGCUCCAGGAUGACUUGAAUCUCUUACUUCCCAGCUUCAAUAAAACUCUUCUGCUGCUUCUGCCCACCAACCUCUCCUGCUCUUCCUACCAGGAAAUAGUGAAGGCUUUCAGCAAUGUUUAUACAUCUCUACGGGAUGAAACAAAAAAUGAUUUCUACAAUUACUUCAUCAAGUCGUACAUGGUCCGGCAGUUAUCUUUUUCAGGAGUAGCUUGUGACACCUUCGAUUUCAGGAGCUGGGUUAAUAUCAAUAUAGGUAACUUCAUCCGGCAAUCAUCAUACCAAGAUAUUGCUAUGUUCAACAAAAAUUUAACAAAGGUGGAAAACCCAGCAGAUCUCACAGUUACAGAACUGGCCACAUUUACUUUCACUGUAGAUAUGUUGAACAACCAAACCUUAGCCACAAUCCUAUUAAGUAGAAUCAAAGAAUUUAAGAGCUAUGGAGAAAUCCUGGGCUACUUAACAACAAUCCAAAAUUCUCUUUGCCAGUCGAAAGACCAAGCAUCCAGCACGUCAUCAUGUGGCCAAUCAUUCAGUCAACUGAGCAUCCACACUCAACAAUUGAUUCUUACAAACUGUUUCAUAGUCCUCAAUGAGGAAUGGAUUUUGGCUAAUAUGACUAUGUGGUUACAAAUGUUUGACAUCCUUGUUGAUGCCUUCCUGCCUGCUUUUGAUGAAACCCACCUCUCUCAGUUACCACUUGGUAUUUCAUGUGAAAACUAUCAAGCAAUAAUAAAGACACUGAGUGGAGAGUACACCAAAAUGGCUAAAGCAGUGGCAAAAUCAGUCUACGGCUAUUGCAAGUCCUACCUGAUCCAACAACAGAAAUUAACAGGGGUUGCUUGUGAUGCCUCCAGCUUUACAAAGUGGAUGGAUGACAACUUUGGAAAUUUUGGGCAGCUAGCAGUUCCUGAGGAUCUCUUAAUAUUUAAUAAGAACAUCACCCAGAACCUAAACACACUGAAACCACAGGAAUUACUGAACCUUCUGCAUCUUGAAAGUGACGUGAAUAUGACUCUAUGGGAGAUUCUUCUCUCAGGCUACACUAAUAUCACUCAACUGGGACAAGUCAUUGAUGGUCUUAAUGUAAAAAUGGUGAAUUUAAGCCAAGAGGUGCACCAAGUCGUUUUCAAGGCGGUCUGGCCUACCUUCCUGACAUCGCUGGAUUUUCUCGAUGCUACUGAUUUGAGCAUCUGGCUUAACAUACGAUUCACUGACUACUUGCCAUAUCUAACGAAAGCUCAGUUGAAUGUCCCGAAAGUUAUCAAUGCAAACUGUUUCUUCUACAAGAACUUAGUUAAGACUUUGUCUAUAAACUAUGGGAAAUUCUCCGUCAAUACACAGCAAGAUAUCUACAGUGUAUUCAAGGCCUAUCUCCUUAACUCGGCUUCCAAACCCCGGUGUUACAGCAGCACAGAAGACAAUGCCAAUUCCUGGAUUUUCUAUUACUUAAACAACUAUUUGACUUAUUGCAGUGACAGUGAUCUGAAAUCCUUCAGCGAUGAUGAACUACUGCUGGAGACCUUCUCUUUGGAUCCGAUGACCUUGGAGCUGGUGAAAGGGUUGGAGCUCUCAGAAGAUAUGAAGAUCUACUACGCAGAGCUAAUGGCAGCUGGGGAACCUACCAUCUCCCUGCAGAUAAUCCCAGACAAUCUUCUCUGCUAUAUUAUUGACAAGCUGAGCAUUGAUAUAACCAAUCAGAAUCUGGCACUGGCCACACUGGACUCUCUUAAGAAAUGUAACGCAUCCAGUGUCAGCCUUGGGACUGAUGUACUUUCCUCUAUUCUUACCUCCGUGGAUACCUUCACGGCCGACACAUUCCAGAGCCUUGGCGAUAUGGCUGUAGCAAUACUCCCCUCUGUGAUAUUGGAAAAGACUGAUGGAGCUGUUCUACAGCAGAGCCUGUCCUCUCUGUCCCAGGUUGAUAACUGGAGUCCAACACAGGCAUCUGCUAUAGUCACAAAGCUCAAAGAAGUUGAUUUUCAGUUCAAUGCCACCACUCUGGAAUCUCUUGGAACACUGGUGAUCGGUGUAAGCGCGCAUGACAUGGAUAAGCUCAAAGCAUCUGAUUUUCUUAUUUUGGCCAACAACGGAACAUUCAACAAUUACAUGCAACAAGCACCAACCGCCCUGAAGCAGAGAUUUGUACAAAUGCUCAUAAAUAGCACAACAGAAAGUCUUCUACAAGCAGUUCCAAGCAGCCUGGCAAGUGAGAUCCCACCAUCUGUACUGAUGAAUGCUGCUACCAACAUCAAUGAAAUAAACAAGAUGCAAUGGACUUCUGACCAGGCACAAGUUUUGUUCCAGACAGUAUUGAACCUCACCCAGGACUAUACAAGUCUUUCCACCAAUGUCCUGCAAGGGUUCACAUGUGGAGCAGCAAAAAUGCUUAGUGACGCUCAGUUUGCAGGAUUGAUUAAAGCCAUGAAAGGAAAAGCAGUGGCGCUGGACUAUACGCAGCUGAGUUGCAUUGCCAAGCGACUCGCCCUGCAGAGCUUUCCAUCGGACUUCUCAAGUUAUCCAAGCGAUGUUCUGCUGUACAUGGGUCCCAGUGCAUCAAACUGCAGAGAGUAUUACAGCCUUGUGGGGAAGUCUAAUACAGGGGCUCUACCUACUGGCUCGUCAAUGUUAGCAUCUCUACUUAGCAGUGCAAGAACAUGUUUGGGUAUCAGUGGAACAUCUCUUACACUGGAAAAUCUACAAGUUUUGGGUGCUCUAUCGUGUGGACUCUCAGCUAAAGAAAUCAAUGAUUCCGACCCAUAUAUAUUAACAACACUGCAAUCCUGCCCCACCUUCAGCACUGCACAAGCAGCGGCCAUUGAAAGUCAAAUUCUUAGAAAAUAUGGAUCUGCCAGUCAGUGGACAGUGGCAACAAUGAAUGAGAUGGGAAACCUUUCCAGCACUCUGACAGCCAGCACCCUCCAGAAAAUCCCAAAGGCCAUAAAAAUAAGGUUUUUCCCUGCAUACCUGACUAAGCUGAAAGCCUUGGAUAAGAACUUGUUUAAACUUGUACUGUCCCAGCUGAAGAUAUCCAGGGUGGCUCGUCAAGCUAAAAUAAACUGCACCACUCCUCUCACAACUGACAUAAUAUCAAAGCAGAGAGAUCUGGUGGUCAUCAGCUACAGUGCGGCAGAACUAGAAAGUUGUCUGGGCAACGACGUGUUGAAUGAAAAUCUAGAGACCCUCGGAGAGUUGGAGUUUGCUGAAGACCAACUUAUCAUUUUAAAGGGAAAACUGGAUACGCUGUAUGGAGGAGGCAUACCAGAGCAAUACUUUCUCCAGUUGGGUAACAUUGCCAUGGCCUACAGCACAAAUGAGAUUGCCAAAUGGAACAUCACUCGGGUGGACACAUUAGCAGCUCUGUUACAAAAGGCAUCCUGGCAGAGCAAUGAUGUGAAGAUUAAGGCUAUGGUUGAUCGAUACCUACAAACACCAAGUGCUACUUUAGAUGGUACUACCCUCACCAUUCUGUCUCCUUAUCUCUGUGCCCUAAAUGAAAGCCAAGUUGAAAACCUCCAGCUUGAUGAUAUCAGAAAGAGCACCAAGUUACCAGACACAACCACAUGUUCACAAAGUAUGAAAAACGUUCUGUUUAGCAAAAUGAAAUCCGCCUACCAAUCAUCUGCUAGAUCUCAAAAUGCCUUCUACCAGCUCCUGAAGAAUGUUAUAGGUGGAGCAAGAUCUUCUGAUCUGAUCCAGUUUGCAAAUGGCAGUCCUGAAAUGGACAUUGGCAUAUUUCAGCAACUGGAUCCCAAUGAAGUAAAGAUAUUAAGCGCAAAGACUAUAAAAGGCCUCAUAGGAGUGAAUUUGCCAGAUUUAAGGUCCAUAUCCAGUAGUAACAUUGUAAAGCUCUGGGCAUCAGUGCACACACAAACAGAGGUCAACUCUUUAGGGCUCAACAUUUUGGCUGGAGUCAAGGAAACCACACCUCAAGGCUUCAUUGUUGUUAAUCUAGGAUCAACACGACCACCACCAGGCUCAGGAGGACAUUCCACAAAGUAUCCCAGUUUCAUCCUUGCGCUUUGUACACUGUUUGCCAUUCUCCUCUCUUUGGACUCAUUGCUUUAACCGAAAACCUGUGUCCAGCUCCUACGACGCACAUUCAGAUUCUAAACCCAUUUGAGAUGCUUCCUUUGUUUCUAGUGGGAAUCAAUAGUCCUGUGAUUAUCUCCCACAAUGCCUAUCCUGCAUGUAAACCCAUCUAAGAUGCUUUCUCUGUUUGCAUGGGGCAAGUAGCAACAAAUGACAAUUUCCCAUUCUCCUUUCGGGCCCAAAGAACUGAUUGAGAUCAAACUGAACUUGUGAUCUCAUGUCUGUCCAGAUCACUAUCUGAAUUUGCACCUUAUGUAUUUAUGAGCAAUCAGACACAUGCAGCCGAUGAACAAAAUGAUGUAACUACUAAAAACCAAUAUGGUAUAUUUAAGUGUAAGCAACACAACUUAUUAACCACGUACUGUAUUUUCUUUGAGUUUUGAUUUAUUAUCUUCAAGUACUGCAAAGUAGACUAAACCACUGAACAAUUAGUUUCUAGACUUUUGAUGUCCUCUUGGGGUGUACAACAUAAACAAGGUGAGAGCAAAAUGCUGAAAUCCAUUCCUGUUGAAUGAAAUGUGUCGGGGAGUCAUUCCUCAACGCACGACAACCGUAAACAAUUUUAGCUCUUGACAACCAUCAUGUGGGUGUUAUUUAAACUCACAUCAAAUCCCAAUGAGGCCAUACCACUAAGAUUAUUCGCUAUUGUGGAUAAAGCAUAAUUUGCUGCUUAUGUACAAUUUGCACUAAAACAAAAUGGUCAUUGUCGUAUGUACAACCAUUUAUCAUCUUCUACUUUAUGAAGAAACAAGAAUAUGUUGCUAUAGACAUGCAAUCUCUGAAGACUGAACCCUCUAUAUGUGCAUAUUAUUAUGUAUAGCUAUACACGAUGUUUACAGUAAGCCGUGUUUUUAUGACACUGCCCAGAUGUGAAACGCCUAUUAUAUCAUGUUGAUUACAAAAAUAUUUAUGCAACCGUAAUCAUUAUUCUGAAAAACAAUCAUUCAGGUUAUGGUUAUGUUUUUUACAAUUCCACUAGGUAACUGGACAGAAAUGAAAUAUCAGGUUGAUCACCAGGGAUUCAGGGUACUGUUCCAGCUAACUCAAGAUUUCAACUUUUAAGGGCAGGAUUCGGGGAGAUUAGUCACCCUGCGUCAAAUAUCCUCUUCUUCGGGCGACUAAUCUCCCCAAACUACUUUCCCGCUGGCUAGAAAGUAAAUAGCCGGCGGGGUUGCACUCGGAACGCUUCUUUUUUCGAAGUUGCCCAAAGCUUCCUCGUGAGCCAACUUCGGAAACAAAUCGAUCCGAGUGCGCUGGCGAUUUGCAUUCUAGCCAGCGGGAAAGCAGUUUGGGGAGAUUAGUCGCCGCG